CUUUACGCCACGAAGGAAAAAGUAUUUCCGCUUCCUGCAUCAUGGCCGGUUGUUGUCCCGGAGAUGUUUUCACUGCUACCGGUGAGAAACGAGUACAAUUUGGCAAUCGGUUCUUGAACGAUCCGGCCCGUGUUUUCCACCAUAAUGCCUGGGACAAUGUGGAGUGGUCGAAAGAACAGGAGGCGGCGGCAGCGAAGAGAGUACGGGAGAACAGCGCCCAGCGCGUGCCGCCCGAAAAGCAAGUUGAGUUUGAGGUCAAUGCACAUGAAUACUGGAAUAACUUCUACAAAAUCCAUGAAAAUGGAUUUUUCAAAGAUAGACACUGGCUUUUUACUGAAUUUCCUGAAUUGACUCCUCACCAGAACCAAAAUGACCUGAAGACCUUGCUGUUAAAAGACAAUGACCAUGAAAUCAUUGAAAAUAAAGGCUGUGGAGAUAGGCCUGGAUUAAUAGUUUCUAAUACUCAAAAGCAGCACAGGGCUUCUUCACACAGCCUUGAUCAUGAAAAACAGAAGCAUCUCAUAGAUGAAGCGACUCAGAAACUCUGUCAUCUGGAUAUAAAUACUGAUGACUUUCCUGGUUCCUCAGCUACCUACCGCAUACUAGAGGUUGGCUGUGGUGUGGGAAAUACAGUCUUUCCCAUUUUGCAUACUAACAAUGACCCAGGACUCUUUGUAUAUUGCUGUGACUUUUCUUCCAUAGCUAUAGAGCUUGUCCAAACAAAUUCAGAGUAUGAUCCUUCUCGAUGUUUUGCCUUCGUUCACGAUCUGUGUGAUGAGGAUAAGGAUUACCCACUACCCAGGGAGAGUCUUGAUAUCAUUAUUCUCAUCUUUGUCCUUUCAUCUAUUGUCCCAGACAAGAUGCAGAAUGCCAUCAACCGACUAAGCUAUCUCCUGAAACCUGGAGGGAUGAUUCUCUUGCGAGAUUAUGGCCGUUAUGACAUGGCUCAACUUCGAUUUAAAACAGGUCGCUGUUUGUCUGAAAAUUUUUAUGUGAGAGGUGAUGGUACCAGAGUUUACUUCUUCACACAAGAUGAACUAGAUACACUGUUCACUACUGCUGGAUUGGAAAAAGUUCAGAACAUGGUGGAUCACCGGCUUCAAGUAAACCGGGGAAAACAGCUGACAAUGUAUCGAGUUUGGAUCCAGUGCAAAUACCGCAAACCCUUUUCCCCAAACACAAGCUAAAAGGACAACAACUUUUCUUGUUAGACAUUGGAAUGAGUUCUGCACUACUAACAAGUCUUAUGUUUUUGUGCCUUUUUUAUAAGAAUAGAGGAUUUAUAUGAUCACAGGAUUUGGAGUCACCUUGUGGAAUAUUUUGAGCAUCUUAUAGAUCAGAAAGCUUUCAAUUUGAUAUUUUUAGUUGCAAUCCUUAUUUGAGUACUUCUUUUGACUUUGUAUGUUUGUAAAGUGUUUUAGGACUGGUUUUAUUCUUUUUUUGCUUUCUUGGCCUGAUGUCUUAAUGGAAGUCUUACUGUCUCAUAAAAACUGAAAAACAAAAAAAUCUUAAAAUAUGUAAACUCCAAAGAGUUAAUUUACAACAAAUCUUCAACUUAGCCUUAGGUACCAUAUUUAUUGUACUGUGUCCUAAAAUUAAAUAAGAUCAAGAUACUGGGCCUUUUGUCUGCCCAUCAGAUUUUUUUUUUUUUAAAUGAAUGAAUUGUUCAUCCGUACCAAUAUGAAUCAUCUUUGAAGUACCUUCUUGGUCUAAUAGUUCGUUUUGUUAAUAAUUUAGUUUGGGAAGUAAGAAAAAUCAUUCUUAUCUUGAGAUUAGUUGACUUGCAGUUUUUCUUCUUUUAUCACUUUAAAUUUAUUCUACAUUUGUGAAGAUUGGAGCUUGAUGCAAUGGAAGACCUUUAUAGUUUUAGCUAGUGUAAACCUGAUUUUGAAUCCUUACUUAGAUGGACAGUGUGUACAUAAGUGAGUUAUUUAACUCUUCUGAGCUCAUUAUAUUUAUCACCUGUUAAAUGAGACAGUGCUACUUGAGAUCCAGGCAUACAUUUCUUUUGAGAAAAUUUGUAGAUAUAUUGUAGAGCAUGAAUCUAUGUUGGGGAUGAUUUUGAGGUACCUUACAUUUGUAAGACCCUCUGAAGAGAUUCUCCAUCUAAUAUUCUUAUUCUUGAAUAUUCUAGUUUGGACCUUCAGGGUUCCCUGUAUAGAGAUAAAGCCUGCAUUUUAAAAAAAUAUAUAUUUUGAGUACUAUUUUAAUAUCAUUAGCUUCCUUCAUUAUCCUAUUACUUUUUAUGCACUUUAAAAUGUUAUUCUAAGAAGAGAUUUCAUGACUGCCACAAGAGUCCAUCACACAAAAAAAGGUUAGGAACCCCAGCACUACUAAAGAAAAAAUUUUCUCUCUUAUUUGAUAACUAAGUAGUCUUUUUCUGAUAUACCCUUUGCAAGUCAGAUCAGUUCCUUGAGAGCUAACAUUUGUUUGAAUACAUAAGAACUAAUCUCUGUUGUUAGUACCGUAUUCAUUUGUUGAGGAUCAUUCAACUAGUUUGCUUUAUAUUGCAGCUAUUCUGAGCAGUGUGAAUUUUGUAUUCUUGAUUUUUUUACAUUUCUAAAAUGCUGGUGCUUAGCAUCUCGAUGAGAUCAUACUUAUGGUACUUUAUAAGUUGUGGGGUUUUUUGGGGGGGGGGGGAGGGGGAGGUUGGACAAGGCAAUUGAGGUUAAGUGAUUUGCCCAGGAUCACACAGCUAGGAAGUAUCAUGAGUCUCUGACCAGAUUUGAACUCAGAUCCUCCUACCUCCAGGAUUGGUUCUCUAUCCUCUACACCACCUAGCUGCCCCCUUUUUUUCAUUUAAAGCAAACCUGGCUUUUUUUCUUUUUCUUACUUUGGUGAUAGGAGUACAAGUAAUUUGUCUAAGGUUUUUGUGGACUGCUAGUCUAUAGAAGAAGGUUUUCCUGCUUCCUAGCUAUCCCAAGUAAUCAAUCUUCUUACUCCCAGUUUGGAAAACCUACAGGCUGUUUUGAGUUUGUUUUCCUUUUAAGCUAAUUUGUCUUAGAGAGGAUUGAGUUAGGAAUUUGAUUUGGAUUUCCUAAUGCAUUGUCAAAAAUCUUUUGGUGAAAUUUCAAGUACUCUGUGAAAUAGGGACCUAGAAGAAAUUUUUGCUUGUUACCUCCAAUGGGUUAUACCUAACUUACAAGGCGAAAAACAUGAUAUACAUCUAUAUAUGUAUACAUACAUAGAUACAUAAUGAAUCCUAUAAACCUCACUGUCAGUUAUCAAUCAACAAGCAUUUACUAGUGCAUUACUGUUUGGCAUUUGGCAGGCUGCUAAGCUCUGAGAACACAAGGAAAAGCAAAGAACAGUUUGGUGAUCAAGGACCUCGCCUUCUAAUUCUAAUAGGGUGAGGGGAUGGGGGUAACACAACAUAUAUGUGUGUGUGUGUGUACACACCCCAUCAGAGUACAUAAAAGAUAACUUUAAAUUUAGUAGGUCAGGGAUGUAGAAGAUCAGGGAAAAGUCUCCUACAUAAGGUGACAUUGGUCACCUUGAAGAGGCAAAGAUGAGAAUAUUGAAAAGAAGACUAUUCAGGACAUGGAGAACAACCAGUACAAGGAACACAAGAGAUGGACUGUCACAAAAACAGAACAAGUGGGUCAUUGUAUAGGGGAGCAAAAUAAGACUAGAGCUGGGAAAGGGUCAGUCUGGGAAGAGCUUUAAAUAACUAAAGAAUUUAAGGAUGGGGAGACAAGGUGUAUUUGGAAGGAGCAGGCAAGAAUUUAAAGGUUAGAUUUAAGGAUGGGAAUGAUGAUGGUACAGUCUGGAGAAGAUGAUAUCAAAGAGACUAUCCUAUCAAAGAUGAGUAAAAGACAGUGUAAUAAACCCAAUCGUGGAUUUGAGACUUCUUAUAGCUCCCACUUUUCCCCAUGUGAAAAGCAGUAAAUUAGGCAAAAAGUGGGACCCAAGGGUGGGGUUUGGCAAGUCAAGAUGGAUCAUGAGACAUCAAGAAAGAUUCAAGAUUAAAAUAUAGAGUAGAGUUAAAUUGAUUCACCAAGGGGUCAAAAAUAAGGAUUGGAGAAGAGUAUACCAAGUGUGAUGAUCUGGGGAACAACUAAAGGGCUGAAAGAACAAGAAUUGGACAAGAGUGUACCAGGUGUGAUGAACUGGGGAAUAAUUAAAGGGCUGGAAGAAGUGGAUGUCAUAAACUAGGACCAAGCACAGAGGAGUGUAAAAUAAAAAGAUGCAAUGGUAAAAAUAUUUUUGUCAGAUUAAAGAGUGAACAUGAAAGUGGAAAUUUGUGUUCACACUCACAAAUCACCAGACUCUCUGCAAAUAGCAGAAAUGGAAGAAGUAGAUCCUGGGAAUCAAAUAGAUUGAAGAACUGUGAAAUUGGGAUAUUUGAGGAAACAUUAAUAUGUGUGUGCAUAUCUAUUCUAGAUUCGUCAGGAGCUGAAUUUUGCACUCAUACUAUUUUGUACCAGUACAUAUUUUGGCGGGGAGGUUAAAAUAAGAAACCAUUUUUUAAAGAUUUAUAUUAUUUGCUGCUAGACCUGCAAGAAUGUUACUGUGAAAUCUCAGUAAAGUAGAUGCAUCCCCAUCAAAAACUUUCUUACCGGAGGCAGAAUUUGUAUGAGAAGUAAGGGUAUAUUGUAGGACUUGAGAAUGAAUCUUUUAAUGUCUGUAUGCUUAUGAAAAUUCAGCAUGAAUGGAAAAUUGGAUCACAUUAAAACUGGAUCAUCUAUUCCAAUUUCCUUGUUUUGAAAGUGAGUAAACAGGCCAGAGAGUGAAAGUAUCUGACUGAAACCUACACAGAUAGUAUUUUGUAUUCAAAAUCAACUCUUCUGACUCCAAAUCCAUUGCUUCACCAUUUUUAAAAAAGAUCAAAAGAUGGAAAUUUUUUCUGUAACAAAAACUUGGACUGCAUAAGAAAAUACAUAUUCAUUCUCCAGAGGAGGAAAUUGUCAUUCUCGAUUGAAAAUGAGAAAAAUCUAUGAUCACUAUAGACAUCUUUUUUUUUUCUAUUAGAAUGGAUACAGGGAUACCUUGCUUCAUCUCUUAAUGGUAUAAUGAAAUAAAUAACACAUCUAGACUAAUUUAAAAUAAUUUGGCCUGUUUUGUUAGAUUUGAUUGUCACUGCUAAGAUUGAAAGACUAGUCUUUCCCUGCUUUCUCAUCUUUAGAAUCAGAUUAGCCAAUGAACUCUUUAUAGACAAUUUACUGAAGUUCAAAGAAACAGAAUGGGCAGUUAGAUAGCAUAGUGGAUAGAGUAUUGUACUUGGAAUGAAGAUUCACUUUCCUGAGUUUAAAUCCAGCCUCAGAUAUUUACUAGCUUUUGUGUCCUCAACUCUGUUUGCCUCAGUUCCUCCUUUGUGAAAUGAGCUAGAAAAAAGACAUGAUGAACUAUUCCAGUAUCUUUGCCAAGAAAAUCCUAAGUAGUGUCUCCAGAUUUGGACGUGACUGAAAAAAUGAUUAAUGAAAUGGGAAUAACAUGCCCAUACAAAGAUGAUCCAUCUUGGAUUUGAAUUCAGGUGUUCUGAAUCCAACACAUUUCCUUUUGUUCUCUACAAUCAGGUUUUUUCUUUUUUAACUUUUAUUAGGUAUUUGUAUAUAUUUCCCAUAUAUUCUUUCCCCCUCCUGUGUCAACUUCUCUAAUGAAGAACCAGCUCAGCAAAAUUAAAAACAUCAACUAAGUUCAAUUUUAAGUACAAUUUUCUGUACCCAUAGUCUCCUAUCUAUACAAAUCUUUUUGAUCAUAUUAAUUUGACAUUGUUUCGGAUAUGUUCUUCCAAACCAGACUGUUCCAUAUGUGGUUAGACAUUUGGUCUUUUUGUUUUAAUGACCUUUGACUGGAUGCAGUGGACUCAUAAGGCAUCAACCUAAAUAUCCUAGGCUUUGCCAUGAUAACUUAGAAGCUGACAUCUUUGUAUAGGAGUUUGAGUUCCAACAAAUUUAAUGUCUUUAAUCUUCAUAAUAAACUGAAAACAGAUUCAA